AUGUUGCAAACAAAGCCAGUGGCAAACGGCAGCAACCACAACCACGACCACGGUUACAAGGACGACCGCGACGCACAGGCGAGUGCCUGGACAGACCCCGGCACUGCCCUCGUCCUCUUCUCCCAGGAUACGAUGACGGACGAUGUGCACGGCUCUGAGGCUCACCAGACAUUGGUGCCGGCCACAUCGUUCUCGUCGGUGGCACUCGACUCGCCUUCUGCACCGUCGUCCCCUCGUCCUUGUUCCCCUCCUUCGUCCCCUCCGCCUCGGUCUGCCACUACCCCUACACCUGCACCCUUGGCCAGGCCCAAAGCCGUGUACCGCGUCACGCGUCUUCCCCGGGGCGAGAUUGAGCGCCGCGUCGCCAUGGGCCGCUGCACCUACUGCGACGACGACUCCCACACGCGCACCACGUGUGCCUCCGGGCGGCUGAUGCGCCGCGUGCCCAAGCGGGUGCUCAACCUCCGGCUCGGCCACAGCGUGUGUCCCUUUUGCGGCGAUCCGGACCGGGACAAGCACUGCAAGGCGACGUGCCCGCUGCGCAUCGAGCUGCAGGCGGCGCUGGACGCCAAGGAGGCGGAGUUCCGGAGUGGCCACCUCGACGACGGCGGCGACACACGGAACCCGACCGAGGCACGGGCCCAGCGGACAGCGGCAGACGCGGUGAUGGCGGCGAUCGAACGACAGACGGAGCAAGCACGAGCGGCAGCUGUGGCACUGGGUCGGUCGACGCGAACCGAACGAUUGGACUGGCGUGGCGGUGUCGAAGACAACGGACACGCCGGGGACUCCGAGGACCAGCAGCCAGAGGGUGCGUCGAGGCCGGCCGCGGUCCCCAAGAAAAAGGCGUUCGUCAAGCGGCCGCCCAUGAGCAAGACGAACGCGCCGUGGCGGGCGGUCAUUGUGCGCUCCGUGCCGGUCGUCGAGGCAGAGACAGAAACAGAGACAGAGACAGGCCAGACGGAGCAGCCGUACGAUCUCAUUGAUUUGUGCACCACACUGCCAGUCUUUGCCCCUCCGAGUAGCCCCUCGACGACGUCCUCGGAGGUAACCGGUGGCGCGAGCGUUGCGACGAGCGUCGUCGACAAGCUGCUGCCGCCGCUCAACCUCUUGGACACAGAGGUCACCGAAGUGGUCUGGGACAACAUUGUUAUCCCGCUGCAUGAAUGUGUUGGCGUGGUAACUGACUGUGCUGAGGCAAGCACCAACUCCAGCUCCAGCAACAGCUCGAGCUCAAACGGCGAGUCGGACUGUACGAUGCCCGAGACGAGCAAACAGCAGAGAAUAGUGACGAGGGCGGGGACUUGA